AUGGCCUAUGUCGUGCCCAUUCAUCGUGCGAGUAGCAUUCGUCAUGCAGUGAAGUUAAAUUUCUUCGCUCCAGAAGAAGACUGCCUAGUCGCAGCAAAAGCUAGUCGUCUGGAGUUCUACACACUCACCCCGGAUGGAAUCGUCCUGACCGCGACUCGCGCUCUAAAUGCGCGGGUCACUAUGCUCGCCCGCCUGCCAGCACCAACAAAUUCACCAACGGACCACCUCUUCGUCGGCACAGACCAAUACAACUAUUUUACGAUAACAUGGGACCGCGAAUCAAACGAGAUCAGAACAGCGCGAACCUGCGUCGAUAUCGCCGAGCCCUCGUCUCGGGAGUCCCAAUGCGCACCACGAUGCCUGAUCGAUCCCACGGGGCGGUUCAUGACGCUAGAAGUAUACGAGGGUGUGAUAGUUGUCGUGCCGAUCGUGCAGCCUACGAAGAAACGUGGCCGGAUGUCGAUGGCAGGUACUCAGGCCGACCAGCCGCUGCAGGUGGGAGAGCUUGAUAAGCCGACUACAUCUCGCAUCGACGAGCUUUUUGUUCGAUCCUCGGCAUUUUUACAUUCUGAAUCUAAUCCUUGGCUGGCACUACUCUACGAAGACAACCAGCAGAAGGUGCGGCUUCGAAUCCGCGAGUUGGAUUUUACCCCGGGUACUUCGGGGACUUCAGCAGAUGCUACCUUCAAGGAGGUACAGAAGUUGGAGGGAGGUGAAUUUGGACAGGAGCUUGAUCUUGGAUCCUCUCAUAUUAUCCCGAUCCCGGCUCCGUUAGGCGGUCUCAUUGUACUCGGGGAGACAUCCAUCAAGUACAUUGACGAUAAUGCCAAUGAUGUGAUUACGCGAAAUCUCGACGAAGCGACAGUAUUCGUAGCCUGGGAGAAAGUUGAUAGUCAGCGGUGGUUGUUGGCUGAUGACUAUGGGAGGCUAUUCUUCCUGUCUUUCAUUCUGAACAAUUUGGGAGGAAUCGAUGACUGGAAGCUCGAGUAUCUGGGGAAGACGGCUCGCGCAUCAGUCCUGGUAUAUCUCGGCGGAGGUAUGUUGUUUGUCGGCUCGCAUCACGGCGAUUCACAGGUCCUCCGGCUUGAUGGAAGCUCGUUUGAGGUUAUACAGACAUUGUCUAACAUCGCACCGAUUCUUGAUUUCACUAUCAUGGAUCUUGGGAACCGCUCAAAUGAGAGUCAAACACACGAGUUUUCAUCCGGCCAGGCUCGAAUUGUGACAGGGUCUGGUGCAUUUGAUGACGGGACGUUACGCAGUGUGCGUAGUGGUGUUGGCAUGGAAGAAUUAGGUGUGUUGGGAGAAAUGGAGCACAUCAAUGACCUCUGGGGACUGCAAACCCGAAGCAAAGAUGGCUUCCUGGAUACGCUUAUUGUUACAUUUGUUGACGAAACGCGUGUGUUCCAAUUUAGCCCUGACGGUGAGGUUGAAGAGUUGGAUGACUUCCUGGGGCUCUCACUCACGGAAUGUACUCUUCUCGCCACAAGGCUCCAGGGUGGCCGGAUUCUCCAGGUCACAGAACAACGAGUGCUGGUGGCUGACCUAGAAAGCGGAAUGGUGACAUUUGAAUGGGCACCUCAGGACCAGAAGCUGAUCACUGCUGCGUCUGCCAAUGAGGACAAUCUGGUUCUCGCUAUCGGUGGCCAAAUUGUGGCUUCCUUUGAUAUCAGAGACAAUGUCCAGCUCAUAACGCAGGAAGAUCUCGGCGCCGACCAGCAAAUCUCUGGCCUGACUGUCCCAUCAACGCCAACGGGGGUUUUCAUCGCAGGGUUCCCCCAAUCAGCGAAAGUGUCAAUUAUGGCUAUCAAGGACCUCGCUGUUCUGCAAACGAAAUCCCUAGGCCCUACUGGGGAGAGCUUCCCUAGAUCAGUUCUUGUAGCUGAGGUGCUCGCAAACAGCGAGCCUACCCUCUUCAUCUCCAUGGCUGAUGGCUGCGUCAUUACCUUCUCACUAAACCCGCAAGAUUACUCACUCAGCCAGAUGAAAAAGCUGAUCCUCGGUUCGGAACAACCCACAUUCAAAAAGCUCCCCAAGGGUGAUGGGCUUUACAAUGUAUUCGCUACCUGCGAGAAUCCCAGCCUGAUCUACGGCUCCGAGGGCCGCAUCAUCUACUCUGCAGUGAACUCCGAGGGCGCGUCACGGAUAUGCCAUUUGAACGCAGAGGCAUACCCAGAUUCCAUCGCUGUGGCAACCGAGAAAGAGCUGAAGAUAGCGCUGGUUGACAGAGAGCGCACAACGCAAAUACAAACGUUACCAAUGGGCUCAACUGUCCGUCGUGUGGCCUAUUCCCCUUCCGAAAAGGCAUUUGGAAUCGGCACGAUUGAUCGCAAGCUCGAAAAUGGUGCCGAGGUCGUCAAGAGCCACUUUGUCCUUGCUGAUGAGAUCAUGUUCCGGCGUCUUGAUGCGUUAGAACUCGGCCCAGACGAGCUGGUGGAGAGUGUCGUUCGUGCAGAGCUCCCGGCGGGAAAAGACGAAAAUGGAAAAGAGAUCAUGAAGGAUCGGUUUGUAGUCGGCACGGCAUUUGCAGAUGAAGACCAGGAGGAAUCGAUCCGCGGGCGGAUCCUCAUUUUGGAAGUCGAUCACGGCCGCAAGCUGAGUCAAGUCGCUGAGCUCCCGGUUAUGGGCGCCUGUCGUGCUCUCGCUAUGAUGGGCGAUUGUGUAGUUGCGGCACUCGUCAAAACCGUCGUUGUGUAUAGAGUCAAAGUCAAUAACGUUGGGCCAAUGAAGCUCGAGAAGCUCGCUGCAUAUCGGACCUCCACUGCGCCAGUUGACGUAACAGUCGUCGACAACCUAAUCGCGGUGGCAGAUCUCAUGAAGAGCCUUUGCCUUGUGAGGUAUACUCCAGGUCACGCUGGGGAGCCUGCCACGCUGACCGAAGUCGGUCGUCACUACCAGACCGUCUGGAGCACAGCAAUUGCUUGCGUUGGCGAUGAGACAUUCCUCCAGAGCGACGCUGAAGGAAACCUCAUCGUUCUCUCGCGGAAUAUGAAUGGAGUCACCGCCCAGGACAAGCACAGGCUCGUCCCUACUAGUGAAAUUUCACUAGGGGAGAUGGUCAAUCGUAUUCGACCAGUUAAUAUUGCACAGCUUACCAGCGUGACAGUGACACCGCGGGCGUUCAUGGCAACAGUUGAGGGCUCCAUCUUCCUCUUUGCCGUGAUUAACCCUGAGCAUCAAGACUUCCUCAUGACCCUGCAGGCUGCUCUUUCCACCAAAAUCAAAUCAUUGGGUGACUUGUCGUUCGACAAGUUCCGUGGCUUGAGAACGAUGGUGCGCAGCGCCGAUGCACCAUAUCGGUUCGUGGACGGCGAGCUUAUUGAGCAGUUCUUGAACUGCACACCAAGCAUGCAAGAAGAGAUUGUGCAGGAGAUCGGCUCCUCCGAUGUCGAGGAGGUCAAAAGAAUGAUUGAGGCAUUGCGGAGGCUUCACUGA